AUGGACACAGAGCGGGCCGAGACCGUGUCAUCUCGAGGCGGCCUCGGCCAUUGGGGGAACGGCAGUGCCUCCGGGGGCACGACGAGCAAUGCCUGGCGAGCGGCCUCGCUUGGCCCCGGUGACAAAGGUGGCCAUCGGGCAGAAGCGCGCACGAUGGCCCUCUUGGCGACAGUUGAAGCAAAGGCCAACCAGAUCCGGCGGAACUGGCCUUGCAAGGGUACGCGAUGGCCUGCGGCGCCAACGCCGGCAGCUGUGAACCUCACGGAAGCCGUCGUCGUCCGGCUCAGCCGAAAGCCUGGGCGGGUGGACCGCAACCGAGCGCAGCCUGGCCAUGGGCGGAGGAGAGGCCGUGGCAGCCUGGUGAGCGGAGGCAUCCUGCGCAGCGCGGCGUCGAUGACGACGCCGGCGCCGUGGUCGCCUGCGACGCUCCGGGAUCUCCCCAACCUCAGCGACGUUGGUCGGCGAGGGGGCCGCAGAACCAAGAGAGGCCUCGGAGUCGGAGAAGCAGAGUCUUUCCCCCCGACUGAACCACGAAACAGCCGGCAACAAGCCCGGGACGAAAGGCUCAGCGUUGGCGUUGAGGGGUGGCGACGAAGAGUGAGGCAGCGAGUCGGCCUCCUCGACCUCGUCGGCCCAGGAACGGCGAGAGGGAGAACCGAACUCCAUGGCGGCUGGGGUGGACGCUGGCACCGGAGUGGCAACCGGCGUGGGGCUGGGGAGUGGUUGGUGGCCAGCGGCGGCCGGGUAAACGCGUUCAGAGAGCGCAAAGCUCUUGCCCUGACGCUCAACGACACGAAGACGGCAGUGAACAAGCUGCACCAGAUGGCCAACGUUGUGGUCGUGCUGAUCGUGCUUGCGCUCUGGCUUCUCAUCCUGGGGAUCGCGACGUCCAAGUUCUUCGUCUUGCUCAGCUCGCAGCUUCUCGUGGCGGUGUUCAUGUUUGGGAACACUCUCAGGACCAUCUUCGAGGCGAUCGUGUUCCUCUUCGUGAUGCAUCCUUUCGAUGUCGGCGACCGAUGCGAAGUUGAUGGAAUGCAGGUGGUGGUGGAGGAGAUGAACAUCAUGACAACGAUCUUCCUCCGAUAUGACAAUCUCAAGGUGUAUUAUCCAAACAGUCAGCUAGCCCAGUUACCGAUCAUGAAUUACUACAGGAGUCCUGACAUGGGAGAUGCGGUGGACUUCACAGUUCAUGUCGCAACACCAGUGGAGAAAUUGACCCUAAUGAAGGAGAGACUAAUGCAUUACCUUGACAACAAGAAGGAGCAUUGGUACCCUGGCUCCAUGGUGGUCCUGCGCGACGUGGACGACACGAACAAGCUGAAGGCCUCCAUCUGGUGCCGCCACACGAUCAACUUCCACGACAUGGGGCUGAGGUUCGAGCGGAGAGAGCUUCUGCUCCAGGAGAUGAUCAAGAUCUUGAGAGACCUCGAGAUCGAGUACCGGAUGCUGCCGCUCGACGUCAACGUCCGGAACGCGCCUACCAUCCAGUCCUCGAGGAUGCCGUCGACAUGGACGUUUAAUUACUGA